CGGCAGCGCCCGGGCUUGUCUCUCUCGGGAGACACCCAGCCCGGCCCCGGGCCGCCCCGCGGGAGUGGAAGCCGGAUCCCGCUCUUUCGUUUUCAUUUCCCGGAAGGAUAGCGCUUACCGAGCGCCCCGCGCCUGCUCGCUGGGGCCGAGCGCACGCCCCGAGCUACUGAGAGAGGUCUCCCUCGCGCCCUUCCAGUUCUCGGGCCGACUUAGGGGCUCAGGGAAGGAGGACUUGGGAGCGCGGGGCCAGGGUCCGCCAGCAGCCGCAGACGCAGACGCGAGCGCUCACCACCGCAAGCCGGCACUCCUCGCCUCCACCUGUAAUGCAGGAGGGAGCACUGGCCAGUUCUGUAAGCCCCGUGGCUGUCCUGCCACCCCGAGGCACGCAGGCCCAAGCCAGAUGUGAAGGGCAGAGGAACCCGCUGGGCGAGGGGGGCAUCUGUACGCUGCCGGGAAGACUCCGCAUCCAGCCCGCACUCUGGAGCAGGGAGGACGUGCUGCACUGGCUGCACUGGGCCGAGCAGGAGUACGCUCUGCAGCCCACCGGUGAGCACGGGUUCCAGAUGAACGGCCGCGCCCUCUGCAUCCUCACCAAGGACGACUUCCGGCACCGCGCACCCGGCUCAGGUGACGUCCUGUACGAGCUGCUCCGGAGCAUCAGGACCCAGCGGCGAGCCCUGGUGUGCGGGCCCUUCUUCAGAGGAGCCUUCGGCCAGAAGAUGAGCUCCGGGUUCGCCCCCGGCCCCUUGGAAGAGCCUGACCGCGGGACCCAGGGCGUCUGCUCCUUCUCCACGGUGCCGCGGGCCCCCAUCGACGGCAGGAUCGCCGACUGCCGGCUGCUGUGGGACUACGUGUACCAGCUGCUGCUCGACGCCAGGUACGAGCCCUACAUCAGGUGGGAAGACAAGGACGCCAAGAUCUUCCGGGUCGUGGAUCCAAAUGGGCUCGCCAGGCUCUGGGGAAACCACAAGAACCGGGUGAACAUGACCUAUGAGAAGAUGUCCCGUGCCCUGCGCCACUAUUACAAGCUGAACAUCCUUAAGAAGGAACCGGGACAGAAACUCCUGUUCAGAUUUCUAAAGACUCCAGGAAAGGUGAUCCGGAAUCGGGGCAGCUGCCUGGAACAGCCGGAGAGCCCGGAGCGGCACAGAACGGAUGUUAAGGACGAGAGGCUGGAAAUCUCUCUGUGAGGGGCGGGGGGGCUGCCGG